AUGGCCCCUUUUGCUCUUGUUACUACUUCUAUACUUGAUACCCGUGGUGACAAGACCCCGGAUACCACGGAUAACGCUGUGAUAUGGAUAGUGGUCUCCAUCGUUGCCGGCACUAUUGGUGUCGUGACAGCCCUUACUACACUCGUCGUCUGCUACACCAAGCGUCAUCAAUACAAAAAGGCAAAGGCAAGAGACCCGUAUCUGAGCCGCGAAGAGUUCAGCAGGAAGAGAAAGUUGAGCGCAAAUGACUUGUUCAAAGAGGAGGAGACUUGGAGGGGGCAUAUGAUCCGCAAGUCUCUCGCCAGCCGGUCAACGAAUACCAUCGACCAGCAGCCACAGCAGCAUCAACCAGAACCGCAACGGCAGCAACAACCUCAAGAACUGGAACAUGUGCCAGGAUCAGACCAGCAGCAGCAACUGCUAUCUCCCGCAGCGCUCUCAACAGCAGCGACCAUCAAUCAGAUCGACCAGCAGAUUUCCGAGAUGGAGCGAAAAGAAUCCACGAGGCUGAAGGAAGACUGGAAGAGGUGGGAAGCCCAGGUUCGACAUGAACGGUCUGCUUCAGGGGAACAGCAUCCAGCCAUAGCGGCAUCCAACAGUGUACCUAUCAUCGCUGUCCCUACGCCGCCAAAGCAUCGAUCCCACAACCGAGUAUCGUUCCCAGAGUUGCGCCCAGAGCCGCUGAGGCCCCCGCCAAGAAAUCCUGCCCGGUGUCAGCCGAGUAAUGGUGGAUGA